CAGUUUGGGGGAGGGAGAUUAGCUGAGCCUGUGGGUACAAUGCAUACAUGUAGUAACAGGCAGGUGUUCUGCCCCACACCAGGUGUUGGCGUACAUCAGUGGGACCCUGUCAAGCAAACCUGGAGUAUCCCUGGUCUACCCCAUGCCCUCCCGGAAUAUGUUCCUGCAGCUGCAAGGCCUCCAGGAGAAAGAUUCUGGGUCCUACCUCUGUUCUGUGAACGUGCAUGACAGUCAAGGCAAAAACAGGGGCCAUGGCAGCAAAACUUUAGAACUCGAUGUGCUGGUUCCUCCAGAUACUCCAUCCUGCCGUCUCCUGGGCGUGCCCCGUGUGGGGACCAACGUGACCCUGAGCUGCCGGUCCCCAAGGAGUAAGCCCGCUGCCCAAUACCAGUGGGGGCGGCCACCUCCAUCCCCUCAGGUUUUCUUUGCACCAGUUUUAGGUGAGGGAACUUCUGGAGACAACUGAGACUGUGGCUGGGGUGGGGGAAAGGCCAGAGGUAGCAGAGGGACUGGGGUGAACA